AUGGACCACGGCGCACCUUCCCGAUCAAACAUAGAUGCAUCCGACAACCUCAGACCGCCACGCCGUCGCUCGACCAGCAAUGGCUCCAACAACAAGAGAACAAGGCUUGAUGUUCACGAAACCGACGGCAUCCAGCAGGCAUAUGAAGGUCCUUAUGCCUCUGCCAGCUCACAACCAGUGUCUACCGGCGCAUCCGCAUCAGGUCCGCCACUUGCCUACUUUGCAGAUUCUUCCAGCGAUGUCCCUGGACAAUUGGCGGCGCGGCCUGCGGAGCAUACCUCACAACAGUUUCCCGGCACACUAUUGCGACCAACCCAACCAUUUACCCCGUCAUCUGAUGUGAUUCCACCCGGCUGGGGCCCUCAUGUUCGCUCGACGUCAUUUCCCUCACCACCGCUGGCUUCGCCUCUUUUAGGCAGCCCACUCUCCCGCCGAGACUCCGCGUAUGCCGCGGGUGUCCACCGCACAUCGUCUCCCAGUGCCAGCAGCAAUAGUUCCAGAGGCGACGACAACCGGCUUCCCUACGCGUCUAUACGGGUCCACGACCAGAGCAACACAAGCCACUCGACAGCAACACCGGCAUUCGGUGCAGGAAACCAGUACACCGGAAGCACGAAUGGGUUUGCGGCACCGUUUCCUCCUGCUCAUCGCGCAUCAUCGACAAAUACCGAAGAAAGAAGCAGUGGAAGAUACAAUCCCGGGAGCCUCAGUAACAUCGUAGACGGGUUUUCGACCACUGCAUCUGCUCCCACGCAGAACAUGACCCAAAAUCCUGUUUCGGGACGAGAACACAGAGCUGAGUUUUCUGCUGAUGCAGUAAUUAGGCACUUCCAGCAGGAUGUUGCCAAAACCAACUACGCCCGAACACACACCAAUCUUGGCCAUGGGACGUUCACGCCUGCGUUUGGAGCCUGGACACGGUCUCGCCAAAGCAGCGGAGCUAAUACGCAGCCACAAGUACCGCUGACUCGACGGUCUUCUUCAGCAUUCGUGCCUGCUGCGCCUCUUCACAAUAUUCUUCACCCAGUUAACGAGACUCCACAAGCAGAUGUUUCCGAGGGGUCCAAUACCGAGAGCCAAACUUUUCCCAAUACCGUGUCACAUGUUACGUCUGGGUCGGGUGGUGUCCCAAAUAGCACCCAAGACAACCUCCAAAAUGUCGCCCCGAAAGACAGUUACUCAACCGAAAGUGCGCCAACCACCACCCUCGGAACUGGAAAUGAGAUUCAAAUAGCUCCCAACGCCACCCCCGAGCAGACCACGAAUAGUCGCCGGAAGCAGGAGAGGCGCUCCCGAAGCACCUUUUCCGUGGACCAACGCAAUGAAACUAGCCAAACCCGUGCUAUCGGCGCAUGCCUUCGAUGCAAAAGCCAGCGUGUUCGCUGCGUCCCCUCGCCUCUUGGACCAUUCCACACAUGUCUUACCUGUCAGCAGGUGUCAAACAAUUCCAAGAAGGUUCUUCACGAAAUUCGAUGCGUCCGUUGGCGUAUGAUUGCUAUGACGACGUACCGUUCUGGGGGCCUCGGCCUCACCCGGCGGUGGGAUGGAACUACCGUCCAGGAUGUCGGUGACUGGACGGAAAUCAAGACGCACGAGAUAGAGAUGAAGCUCUUUUACAGCAGCCAUAUGCACAGGUAUGAUUUGUGCGACAUACCUGUCAAGUUUCGCGUCCGCGGAUUCAAACCGGUUGACGGCGAUGUCCUUACGCGAAAGUGGAUUAAACGAAUCAAACUCGAUGACGGCAAUACGCGAAUCGAGAAACGAUUUAUUCAACUCCCUCCCUACGCACUCGCCGACGCGAAUGCUACCGUCGAUAUUUUCAGAGAAUAUUUUGAUAGCAAUGCAGUCCAUGCAAUGGGGCACGUUGCUAAGUUUUCGCAUCCCGUCAUCCGAGACCAUCUAAGAGCAGCGAUUGAUCACUAUCACAGCCUUCCGGAAGGCGACGUCGAGAAAAUAUUCAUGCGCAAGUUCAUUAAGUUGUGGUUCUGUGUCCGAUUCACGACGGGGUCUUCUUAUAUCAGUGGGCCUACAAAGCUUGGGUGCUUGCCAGUCGACGACCCUGACUACCCGCUCGCAGACAGAAUAUCUGUUCCCCGGAUGAUCACCGCACAAUGCGACUCCAUCAUGGUCUCCCGCUUUUUGCGACCACUGACACAGGAUCUUAUUCCCGAGUUUGAAAAGUUUUUUCGCACGGGCAACCCGGAUAAUUGGUUCAUGCUUUACGUUUGCACAUUCAUUCUUCUGUCGGAGGUGUCCUUGUCAUGCCAAGACCGUCAUCGCCAUGCUCAAGAAAACUGGCUGAAGGUAACCAACCUUUCUGCUUUGACAAUAUGA